CCCUUGGAUUAAAGAGAGAGAGAGAAACACUGAGAGGCAGACAGGCUGCAUGACAGGGACUGGAAUCUAAAGCAAACUCCACAGCAGAGACGUGGAACGCUGAAGGAGCUGCGAUCGACCAGAGCUCUGAGAUCUGAGGUGAUCUUCCUCACCUUGAAGCUGCGGACGUUCCUCGUUUGAUCCAAAAAACAGGAAGCAUGGACAUGGACAUUGAGGGGAUUAUCCAGUGCAUCAAGCAGGGGGAUGAGAACGGAGUUCAGAUGCAGCUGCAGCAGUUCAACAAAGAGUACGCCCAGUGCUUCUUCUUUGAUGCAGACGAGAGGGAGAAAAGGAGGCAAAAAAAACUUGAAGAGUUCAGAAAGAAUAAAGUGAGGGACUUUGCUGAUUCUGACUCCGACAUUGACGACUUUGAGCAGGAAGAUCGAGGCCUCGUCCUCAGACAGAAUUUAGCCGCCGUCAUUGUGAGGUUCAUGAGGACAGGAGUGAAGCGCAGUCUGCUGAGAGUCUCUCUGCACUCACUAAGGAUCCUGACCAGGGACAAAAAGAUCCUGGGCCACCUGGUGACUGACAGCACUCUGCUGACUUUGGCCAAGUUGGCCGGCCUGACCACAAUCGACGCCAGCGAGGAAGGCAACGACCCCGACUCUGAUUUCUACGACAACAUCAUCGCCUCCCUCGCCGAGGCCAAACUGCUGCAGGGGUGCGCUGAAGAGGACGGCGGCGAGGGCCUGGACCCCUCUGAGGAGUUUCCUGCGGUGGACGACGAAUCCAGGAGCAUCACCAGCGGCGGCGACCUGGACAGCAACAGCUGGUUCGGCAGCCACAGGACCAGCAUCAAUGAAAUGCACAGAGGGAGCAUCCAUCAGAAGGCGCUGGAGCGGGGAAGGAGAGACCGCAGAGAGAGCAAGAUGGAGGAGGAAGCAGCGGUGGAGGAGGAGGAGCAUGGGGAGGAGGUGCUGAGGAAAGAGGCCAUGAAGGUUCUGUGCAAUGUGGUGUACAACAGCACAUGGGCUCAGGAGAGGUUCAGCGCGCUCAGGCUGCUGAGCGGCCUCAUUGAGUGUCUUUCCUCCAGUGUAAGCUGGUCGUCUCCCUCCAGUGUCCAGUUUUACGAGCUUCGCCUCAUGUUCCUCAUCACCGCCCUGAGACCCGAACUCAGCACUCAGCUCAAACAGGAGGGAGGCGUCCCCAUCCUCACAGCAGCCCUGGAGAGCUGCCUGGAGGUCCAGUGGAAGGAGCAGUAUGAGUGUGUGCUGGAGCCCGCAGCACCACCCAUCUCUCUGGAGGCCUCGCAGCGCAUUGUGGAGAUCCUCAAAAUCCUCUUCAACAUCACCCACAGCACCCACAAGCAGGAGCCAAGCGAGGAAGACGCGGCUCUUUACCGACACCUAGUGGCCAUCCUGCGUCUCUGCUUGAUGAGGAAGUGUCUGCUGCCUGAGGAGACCGACGAGCUGCAGGGCCACACGGUGAACCUGCUGACGGCGCUUCCUCUGCAGUGCCUCAACGUGCUGCUCACGGUGCCUCUGGAGCCCGAAUCCAAGCAGAGCCUGGGGGUCAACAUGGACUGCGUCCACACGCUGCUGGCCUUCAUGGAGAGGCGCCUGGAGGCGGGAGAUCGAGUCAAAGAGAAACUGACGCCGAUCCUCAACCUGCUGACGGAGAGCUGCAGGGCGCACAGAGAGACGCGCCUGUACAUCAGGAAACAUAUCCUUCCUCCUCUGAGGGACGUGUCGCACCGACCGGAGGAAGGAGACACUGUAAAGAGUCGCCUGGUUCGUCUCAUGACUCACCUGGACACCGACCUGAAACACUGCGCCGCCGACCUCCUGUUUGUCCUCUGCAAGGAGAACGUGCGGCGUUUUGUGAAGUACACCGGCUACGGUAACGCGGCGGGCCUCCUGGCCACCAGGGGGCUGCUGGGCGGCCAGAGGGCCGUCUCCGACGCCAAGUACUCCAGCGACUCGGACUCGGACACCGAGGAGUACCGGGAGAUGAAGGACCGCAUCAACCUGGUGACGGGGCGGGUGGAGGCGGAGCAGUCAAACCCGAUGGAGGGCAUGACGGAGGAGGAGAAGGAGGAGGAGGCCAAGCGGCUGAUCAUGCUCUUCAACAAGUUGUCCAAAGAAAACAUCAUCCAGCCGAUGGGAGUGGACGAAGAGGGGAAGCUGGUCCCCAUGACGGGUCUGGAGGAAGCAAAGUCCGAGUCGGAAAACGAGGCAGAAUCAGACAAAGACGACUGAAACACAACAACCUCAUUAAUCCACUUUAUUGAAUCGGGUUUGUAAACAUGUCGUUACGUCAGCUUGGUCGGUACAGGAAUGGGAUGCUCUGACUGGAACAAGAGGACGAAAUUGUUUGUCAGUGACGGAUGGAUAAAAAGAAAUUUAAAAAACCAAGAUGUACAGCAGCUUUCACAUUGAUUUCAUUCUUAUUUGUGUUGUAGUUCCAGAGAAGGAAUCAGUUUCGUUAUGAUUAUGACGUCAGCGUUUUGAUUGCAGUUUGUUUUCUGUGUAUUAAAAAAUGGCCCUUUCUAAAGUUGUCCACUUUUUCUUGAUCAGCCAAGAUUACAAACAUGAGAUGAGGUUAACAGGCUGCAGAAAUUAUUCUAUGUAACUGGACAUCAUGAAGCACAGAUGCAGGUUUUGUAUACACAUUUUUUAUUUAUUUAUUUUGUAUUUUGUAGCAAAUAAGAUCAUAAUCAGGACAAUAUAAUCACCUCAUUGCAAGAAAUGAUUUUAAAGAUGCCAUAUUUUUAAGGAACUCAAAUAAAUCUUAUAAAUU